GAUCUGCUACAGUCCGCGCGAUCAAUUUUGGCGCGUAACCACGAUGGAACCAAGGCAAGGUUUCGCGGUCGUCGUCGACACUUGUCGUUUGCUUAUUGCACUUUACUAACACAUUUACUGGAGGAAUGCUCUCGGAACCUCAACUUCAACUUACUGCUUUGCGACGUGGUCGUGAUGCAGAGCAAAGAAACAGAUUAUCCCUCAGCAUAUUUUAUAAAGGAGAUGAUGAUUCGCUAGAGAAGAACAAUAUAGUAAAGGCACUCUCUGAUGUUUCCUUGGCGGAUUAUCCGAUCAACAAUAAGGGGAGGUACAUGAUGCCUAGAACGCUUAGCGAGGGAAAUUUUGGGAAAAGCUUCCGUAAGAGGAUCAAGAAGGCAGUGAAACAGGAGCACAGAAAGAGAAGACCUCAUUCGCAAGACAGCGAAGUAGAAGUUCCUAGAGGAGCACCUAUUGCGACACGCGAUAAAAACAAAAAGAACUUUUCACAACUAAUAUCUUCACUAUACAACGACUCGAAAAACACUAUGUUCUUGAACGAAACUCAGCGGCAGUUCAAGGAAACAAGAAUGAGGCUUUUCGCUGCUCGUACGGCGAUUGACGUUCAGCCAAAGCUAAUCCUGUGUACAAAAGAAAGACUGGCCAAAGAAAUGCAAGCUAAAAGAAGCGCAGAUCAAUCUCCGGGUGUCUUUUCGCUGCAUGCGGCUCAGAUACUGGAUACCAACGAGGAUAUCGGCAAUGCUUCUGAUUCGCCGACAGUACCAGUCUCGGAUGCAAGAAUGCGACAGCUUGUUGCGGAAUGUAGGGGAAAUCCCGAGCUAGUACAGAACCUGCUGUAUCAACCUCAGUAUGAUGAUAAAUGGAAAAAUUGCUACACUGACAUGUUUCUUGUCGAUGAUGGGAAGAAACUUGCCAAGCCAUAUAAUCGCCAAGGUUGGGUGGUUCCCCUGAAAAACAUCUGCGAAAAGGUGGGCAUCUCUUCGAACUUCUUCACUGACAACCGCAUCACAUUACAAGAGGCUCGGCUUCAAGUGCUGCGUUCCCGAUUAGAGAUGACGAGCGAGGCUAGCUCUUGGUUAACAGAUCACGAUCCGCUGGUGUCAAGGAAUACCGAAUUGACGACGUAUCUUGCAACCGAGUUGGAUCCGCGUGCACUACAAACGCGUCUUGCACUCUACAACCAACAAACGCAUGCUGAUCGCGAUAGGAUACGAGUGGCUGGGAAAUAUUAUAACAACAUACAACUAGGGAAGCGUAUGUUUGGUCCAAGCAAGAAACAGAAGUUUGUGUGCAGUAUAACUGGAGGAAUGGAGAGGAGGUUUGAGAUACUAGAUAAUCAAGUGAACCAUCUUCCUUUUACUCAUGCUGCGUUCGACGAAAACCUAGAGAAAUGUCGGAACCCCAGAGUGAAGUGCUGUGACUCUUCAAGAGUGGUUCUUCACUAUCCUCCUAACACGAACGAAACUUUCAUUCAUGCUAAUUACAUCAGCAAUGGACCCUUGUUCAACAAAUUCAUCGUAACACAAGCUCCAAUGGAUAAUACUGUAGGUGAUUUUUGGCGAAUGGUUUGGCAAGAGAAAGCUCCAUACAUCUUCAUGCUAAUUGGUAGGAAGGAUAAGAGCCGCUGUGCGGAAUACUGGCCACGUCGACAGGAGUCUGAUGCACUACACUUUUCUGGUUUGCAUGUUUAUAAUGUUGGAAUAUCUUCGACCCGCGACCCGAUUUUCCGCGUCACGCACAUCCGCAUUGUGAACGACUUCGGUGAGGAGCAUCGCGUUGAACACUGGCAGGCAGACAUGAAUAACUCAAGCAAUCUCAACUCUCCACUCACGAUACUUCGGUUGGCCAGAAAUUGUGUCCGUCCGGUUGUUGUGCACGAUUGCCUCGGGAUCUCGCGCGCUGCAUGCGUUGUGGCUACCGAAAUAGCGAUUUGCAACAUCAUCAAAGGCCCUACUUACAAGCACCCCAUUCAAAAAGCUGUUCAUUUUCUACGCCGGCAACGACCAUUUUCUGUGGAGACCCCCAUGCAGUACAUCUUCAUUCAUCGCUGCGUGCAGCACUUUUUCGCUGGGAUAUCUGGCCCAAUACGCGGUUUGGCUGAAGAUUACCAAAAAUGGCUGACAGACAGAGCUGGUAGAAUGUUUGUUGACAACCUAGACGCGCCGGUACCUGGUUAUCGUCUUCUGUCACCUCGAGUAGACCCUGAUCUGCUAAGAUUAGUGAGACGACCGCAACGUCCGAAUAACAGAAGAGAAGCACCCGACUGCGUUGGCGAACUUCCCAUACCGCUAAAUCCAAAUAACGUGCUCUCCCAAGCUGUUAGGACGCUGGAUGUUUGAACAACAACCAGUUCAUGUAAAUAUUAGUCAAUAAUGCUGUAAAUACUAUUUCAAGGCCAUAAAGAUUUUGCAUGUAGU